GUCUAUGUUAAUGAACUCGCACGUGCAUUAAAGUGCAUCCUGUUUUGGUGACAUGCCGCCAAUUUCCAAAGGCUUUUGAUUGGGCAAUUUAACCUAAACCAAGUAAUGGCCUUGUGUGAGGACACUCUAUUCUGUAAUUUCCCAAAAUGUCGGGCAAAACUGAGUGGUUUUGCCUGGGUAACAGCCUGUUCACAUGCUUUUUGUGACCAACAUGGAUCAGGGGAAUUUAGCCGAUCUCCAGCUAUCUGUCCUGCUUGUUCCUCCGCCCUGUCAGGAAAACUGGACAUAGUGCGAACAGAGCUGUCGCCCUCGGAGGAGUACAAAGCAAUGGUGCUAGCAGGACUGAGACCUGAAACGGUUUUAGAUAUCUGUGCAAGAGCACUGGCUUUUUGGACUUAUCAGGUGCAUCAAGAGAGGCUGUUUCAGGAGUACAGUCUGUCUCGUACGGAGAGUCAACUGAAACAGAUGGAGAAGAUUCUGUCACAGCAGACCCAGAGCCGAGAGCUGGAACUGAACGGCAUGAGAGGGGAGAUCUCCUCACUCAAGCGGGUGACAGAUGAGUACAAGCGCAAGUACAGUGAGGUGUCCGAGCGUCUGAUGGAGAGGAACAGGCAGUACCAGAAGCUGCAGGGCCUCUAUGACUCCCUGCGCCUGCGCAACAUGGUGGUUGGAGUGGAGAAGGAGAGCGGAGGGGGCAUGAUGCGUCCCUACUCUCGUGACGCCCCUCCAGGGCUGGACAGGCCGAUGACCCCUCGGCCCAGCCCUCAACCCUAUGGCGGCAUGAGAGGCGAGGGAGACAGGCUCUUCUGCUUGGAGCCCGAUGGACCCAAGACCUUCUUCCAGUUCAGCUCCCCGGACAGAUCCCGCUCCAUCGUCCCUAAGAAGUGACGCUCGUCCCAGCUCAUCUUAUCACAAUCUUGACGACAACAUCCUGCGUGUGCUCUGCACUGCAUUAUUAUUUGGCUGCGUUGACAGAGCUCGGUCUUGAUCAAUGUCAGAAUAAGCAAUUGAUUGUUCCCGGUUUGCGCAGUUUAUGGUAUGAUGAAGUUUAUCUUCUUGACAGUGGAGGAAGGGUUUGCUAAUUUGACAGAAGAAUGUCGCAUUGCAUUUUGUAUCUAUUUGAAGGGCAGUCUGUCUAAUAAAAUUUAAAUUUGUUCAAUUG